GGAGUGGGUAUUAAUUAAAUAGAUAAAUUAUUUAGAGGACAUUAAGCUUUGAAUUGAAGCUGCUGCGCAGAUAUAUAAAUAUUGCGUCGUCUCCCAUGUCGCCUCGCGUCUCACUGCAUUGUUGUGGAUCGAGUAGCUAUAGCUAGCUAGUGAUGGAGAUCUUGGUGAGUGCACUGCUCCUGCUCCUCGUGCCACCCUUGUCCGCCCUCCUCGCCGUCGCCGCGCCGAGCCUCGCGUGGCCGUCGGGGUCGUCGUCGGUGAGGAAGCUGAUCGCCAAGAAGGUGGCGCCGGAGCAGGCGGCGCGCGACGAGCUGCUGCGCGUGGCGCGGUACAGUAGCGCUAGCGCCGCCGCUGCCGCUAGUGCUGUCCAACAACCAGGCGGCAGCGAGAGUAGUCGUCCGGCGGCGGCGGCGGCGGAUGAUGGUGGGCGGCCGGAUCAGUGCGCGGUGUGCCUGAGCGGCAUCGAGGAGGGCGACGAGGUGAGGGAGCUCCGGUGCCGGCACCUGUUCCACCGUGGCUGCCUCGACCGGUGGUGGUUGUCGGCGCGGCCGCCCGCCACGUGCCCGCUCUGCCGCUGCCGGCUCCUGCAGAGCCCGUCGGCGGCGGCGGACGACGGCGACGGCGACGGCGAGGAGGAUUCGGACUCGGACAUGGUGAUGUUCAUGGCGUACCUGCGAAGCAGUAGCACCUGGCUCUAGCCAUUAAGGGCGUGUUUAGUUCCAAAAACUUUUCUCAAAAACAUCGCAUCAAAUCUUUAGACACAUAUAUAGGACAUUAAAUAUAGAUAAAUAAAAAACUAAUGGCAUAGUUUGCAUAUAAAUCGCGAGACGAAUCUUUUGAGUCUAAUUAGGCCAUGAUUAACUAUAAGUGCUACAAUAACUUACAUGUGCUAAUGACAGAUUGAUUAGGCUUAAAAGAUUCGUCUCGUGGUUUUAGUUUUUUUAUUCGUGACCGAAAAUCCCUUUUGACAUCCGGUCAAACGUACAACGUGACAAAAAAAAAAUAUUUCACCAGCUAAAACAUGCCUAAUUGAUGUUCGAGAUGGAGAGGCAGGCGAUGCAUGGAGAUCACGUCGCAGCAUCGAUCGAUCGGCAUCAGGCAGGCAGCGUGCGAGGGAGAACUAGAAGAGCGCCACGUAGAGAGGGAGGCACGUAACGUAACGUUGGUUGAUGUCCGAGUGUCUCAUCACUCGAUCGCCCACGCCUCUAUUUUGUUGGAUGAGGCAGGCCCACGUAACACGCGUACAUCGAUCGAUCUUGUGCUCUGAGUAUUUUAUACGUUGUUCAUACAAGAGAGAUGUUCCUGUCCUAGUAUCAUUGUUAUUGGUUUUAUGUCAUCAUGUGUAUCGUUGGCGUAAUAGUAUCAGAGUAAGUGUUAAUUCGGCGUA